AUGGGUAACUCAAAUUCAACGACAUCAAAUAUUCCAAUGCUGUGUCAUGGAAUUUCCUCAUUCGAAGAAACUUCUCUUCGGGCGGUAUGGAACUUGUUGCCUGUCUUUCAAAGUCCACAAGAUUAUCGUUCCGCUAGCGUUACUACCAUGAUCAUCUUGAGCACAUCUGGCGAAGAUUGUUUGGCUCGAAGGGUUAACGUUACUCCUACUUGUUUGAGCAUCGUUGAUCGGUUGACACGGCAGAAAGGUGAAGAAGUCAGUGAAUCUUCUUCCGAUUCUUCAAGCGAUGAGUAUGAACGGCAUCUGAUGAGACGCGUUUCUCGCCAACCUAGCGAGCCCCUCAAACGCGUUGCUUUGAUUCCAUUUGGACUUACAGACCAUCGACUUCAGCAUACACAGAUCGCUAAAGGAGGUCUCUGGGUAGUUACUAGGGAGAAAUCUCGCAUUACUCAUGAGUAUCUUCACAAGGUCCUCAAGGGAAGGAAUCCUGCAGUCUAG